AGCUUCUAAAGUUAACGCAAUCUCUCUUCCUUCUAUUUCUUCUUCUUCUUCACUAACAUUUUUUCUUCACUCACUGUUUAAUUUAUUAUUUAUUUAUUUAUUUCUCUAUUAUUUACAUUAAUUAAUUUAUAGUUAAUGUUUGUUUUGAUACCCGUUCUUUCUCUCUGUAAAUAUUACUCGCCGGGAUUUUUUCUCAAAUUCCCGGCAAGUUGCCGCCGGUGAACAAUGUCAAUAUUCGACGCUGCAUUUGUAGACACGGAGCUUUCAAAACCGACGUCAAUAUUCGGGUUAAGAUUAUGGGUGGUGAUCGGAAUCUUAUUAGGAUCUUUAAUAGUUUUAGCUCUGUUUUUAUUCUCUCUGUGCAUUACAUCUCGCCGGAAAAACAAGAAAUCGUCAAAACAAACGGACACUUUAACGCCGCCGAUAUCUAAAGAAAUUCAAGAAAUCGUGCAUUUUCCUGCGGCGGCGCAGGAUCACCACCACCACCAUCAUAAUCAGGUGCCGGAGAUUCAAGUUGAGAUCGGGAAGAUCGAGCACCGCGUGGUGUUUUCCGACAGGCCGUCUAGUGGAGAGAGUAGAGGGACUGUGAGUGGGUGUGAAACGGCGUCGUUUGGGAGUGGGAGUGUGGGGCCUGAAGUUUCGCAUCUUGGGUGGGGCCGGUGGUAUACUUUACGGGAACUUGAAGCUGCUACUAAUGGACUCUGUGAAGAGAAUGUGAUUGGUGAAGGUGGUUAUGGGAUUGUUUAUAGUGGGAUUUUGGGUGACGGUACUAAAGUUGCCGUUAAAAAUUUGUUGAAUAACAGGGGUCAAGCAGAGAAGGAAUUCAAAGUGGAAGUGGAAGUAAUUGGACGAGUGAGGCACAAGAAUCUUGUUAGGUUGCUUGGAUACUGUGUUGAGGGUGCUUACAGGAUGCUUGUGUACGAGUAUGUUGAUAACGGCAAUCUGGAUCAAUGGCUUCAUGGUGAUGUUGGGAGUGUUAGUCCUCUUACUUGGGAUAGUCGGAUGAAUAUUAUUUUGGGAACAGCAAAAGGGUUGGCGUACCUUCACGAGGGUCUUGAACCAAAAGUUGUCCAUCGAGAUGUAAAAUCGAGUAAUAUACUACUGGAUCGGCAAUGGAAUUCCAAGGUCUCUGAUUUUGGACUUGCUAAGCUCUUAUGUUCCGAAAGGAGUUAUGUUACAACACGGGUGAUGGGAACAUUUGGUUAUGUGGCACCUGAGUAUGCUUGCACUGGAAUGCUGAAUGAGAAAAGUGAUGUUUAUAGCUUUGGUAUUUUGAUCAUGGAGGUCAUUUCUGGGAGAAGUCCUGUUGAUUAUAGUCGCCCACAAGGAGAGGUGAAUUUGGUGGAUUGGUUGAAAACAAUGGUCGGAAACAGAAAAUCUGAAGAAGUAGUCGAUCCUAAGUUGCCUGAGAUGCCCCCUUCCAAGGCACUUAAACGAGUUCUCCUGGUUGCUCUUCGAUGUGUAGAUCCUGAUGCAACAAAGAGGCCUAAAAUGGGGCAUGUGAUCCACAUGCUCGAAGCAGAUGACUUGCUAUUUCGUGAUGAACGGCGAAUUGCGAGAGAAUCUUCUACUCAUUCAAAUCGUGAAUACGAACAAGAAAAACCUGCUGUUGCAAAAUUAGGCGAUAAACAAUUUGGUGAAGGCACUUCAGAUAUAAAUGAAGAUGAUAGUGGUAGGAAGAUUCAUCAACCAAGUAGAUGGAGAUAGCGUCGCAGGAGGAUUAUAGGUGAUCGACUAAUUUUAAUCCUCUUAAGUUACCGGGUCCUCCCUUUUCAUUUUUUCUUUUCAUGUAGGUAAAUGAUUAUGUUGUUGUACCCUUGAUUUGAUGAAAACCAUAUUUGUUUUGUGGUUAGCUUUCAUAUCUUUAUUAUAUCCUACUUCAAUUGGAUAUAAUUGUAUAAUUGGAUGCAUACCUUCAUUAUUUCAUAGAAACACAUAAUUUUUCAGAA